AUGAGAGUCCUGGUGUUGUGGCUCAUCUCCGUUCACGGNGCCUUCUUCACGGUCACCGAGGGCGGCGGUGGCUUCCUGGGGAGACAUGAUGGCUUCAAAACAAAAAGAGAACUCAUUGUGGAUAAGAAAAAGCAUCCAGACCCAGUGCAGGAAUAUGAGCUGCUGCUUCAGGUGCCCUAUCGAGAUGCCAAGGAUAAAAGAGACUUGAGGAGAUUUCUGAAGCUUCUGAAGCCUCUUUCAUUAUGGUUCUAUGGGCCAACGAAGAUUAUCAGAGCGAAGGUGACCACAUACUGUGGCAACCAGAAUGGGCUCUUACGGUGUGCCUGUGAAGAUGGCUAUACCUGGUUUCCUCCUUCAUGCCUCGAUCCCCAGAAAUGCUACCUUCACACAGCUGGAUCACUCCAGACUUGUGACUGUCAUCUCAAUAAUCUCACCCAGAGUGUCAGUUUCUGUGAGAAAACAAAAGUCUGGGGCACUUUCAAAAUUAAAGAAAGAUUUACAAAAGACCUUUUAAAUUCAUCUUCUGCCAUAUACUCCAAAUAUACCACUGCCAUUGAAAUUCAACUUAAAGAAGCAUACAAAAGAAUUCAAGGUUUUGAGUCAGUUCGUGUCACUCAAUUUCGAGGCAGAAGCAUCGUUGCUGGAUAUGAAGUCGUUGGCUCCAGCAGCACAUCUGAGCUGCUGUCAGCCGUUGAACAGGCGGCCGAGGAGGCUGAGGGAGGCCUUCAGAAGCUGUUUCCACUGGAAGGUGACUCUUUCAGAGUGUUCGGAAAAGUUCAGUGUAACAGUGUUGUCUUUGGAUUUGGAUUUAAGAAUGAUGAAUAUACUCUUCCCUGUAGCAGCGGCUAUACCGGGAACAUCACAGCCAAGUGCCAGCCCUCUGGGUGGCAAGUCAUGAGGGAGACAUGUGUGCUCUCUCAGCUGGAAGAACUGAAGAAGAAUUUCAGUGUGAUUGCAAAGAAUGCCACUGAGGUAGCCGUGUCAUCCUUGGUGCGAAAUCUUUCAGUCAUCAUUCAGCAAAACCCAUCAACCACAGCUGGGAAUCUGGCUUCCGUGGUGUCUAUUCUGGGCAGCGUCUCAUCUCUGUCACUGGCUAGCCAUUUCGGGGUCUCCAAUUCAACAAUGGAGGAUGUCAUCAGUAUAGCUGACCACAUCCUUAAUUCAACAUCAGUGACCAACUGGACAGUAUUAAUGCAGGAAGAAAAGCACGCCGGCUCACAGUUACUAGAGACACUGGAAAACAUCAGCGUUCUGGUACCUCCAACAGCUCUGCCUCUGAAUUUUUCUCGGGAAUUCAUUAACUGGAAAGGGACUCCAGUGUCUGAAAGCCAACAUAAGACAGGUUACAGCUAUCAGACUGAAAUGUUCCCCCAAAAUACCUCCGUUCCCAUCAGAGGUGAUGUGUUAAUUGGGUCGGACCAAUUCCAGGGGUCCCUUCCAGAAACUAUCAUUAGCAUGGCCUCGUUGACGUUGGGGAACAUUCUACCCAUGACCAAAAUUGGAAAUGCUCAGGUCAACGGGCCCGUGAUAUCCACAGUUAUCCAAAACUAUUCCAUAAAUGAAGUUUUCCUGAUUUUUUCCAAGAUAGAGUCAAACCUGAGCCAGCCUCAUUGUGUGUUUUGGGAUUUCAGUCAUUUGCAGUGGAACGAUGCGGGCUGCCACCUAGUGAAUGAAACUCCAGACAUAGUGAUGUGCCGGUGUACUCACCUGACCUCGUUCUCCAUGCUGAUGUCACCCUUUGUCCCCCCUGCCAUCAUUCCGGUUGUGAAAUGGAUCACCUUUGUGGGGCUGGGCGUCUCCAUUGGAAGUCUCACCCUAUGCCUCAUCAUUGAGGCUCUGUUUUGGAAGCAGGUCAAGAAAAACCAAACCUCGCACACCCGUCAUAUUUGCAUGGUCAACAUAUCCCUGUGCCUCCUGAUUGCUGAUGUGUGGUUCAUUGUUGCUGCCACCGUGGACGCCACGGCGAGCCCUUCUGGGGUCUGCCUAGCUGCCGUGUUCUUGACACACUUUUUCUACCUCUCCUUGUUCUUUUGGAUGCUCACGCUCAGCCUCCUGCUGGCUUACCGGGUCGUCCUCGUGUUCCAUCACCUGGCCAUGCCCUUGAUGAUGGCUGUUGGGUUCUGCCUGGGCUAUGGGUGUCCUCUCAUUAUAUCUGUCAUCACCAUUGCAGUCACACAACCUAGCGAUAGCUACAGAAGGAAAGACGUGUGCUGGCUCAACUGGUCUGGUGGGAGCAAACCCCUCUUGGCCCUCGCGGUUCCCGCACUGACUAUCGUGGCUGUGAAUUUGGUGGUGGUGCUCUUAGUUCUCACGAAGCUCUGGAGGCCCGCAGUUGGAGAGAGACUGAGUCAGGACAACAAGGUCACCGUCAUCCGCAUGGGGAAGGGCCUGCUCAUUCUGACCCCUCUGCUGGGCCUCACCUGGGGCUUUGGCAUAGGAGUAAUGGUGGACAGCCAGAAUCUGGCUUGGCAUGUCAUUUUUGCAUUGCUCAAUGCAUUCCAGGGUUUUUUCAUCUUGUGUUUUGGAAUGCUCUUGGAUAGUAAGCUGCGACAACUGCUGUUCAACAAGUUGUCUCCUUUAAGCUCUUUGAAGCAACCGUCAAAGCAAAUCUCAUCAGAAUUAUCUCCCAGACCCCAAUUUGCCAAGUCUUUCAACCCGCUGCAGCAUAGAGGCACUUAUGCGUUUUCUCAUACUGGAGAGUCCUCAAAUGACAUCAUGCUAACUCAGUUUUUAUCGACUGAAUAAGGCUGGGAACCAUAAAAUCACGAAAAAAAAUUUUUGGAACAACUUGACAUUUAGAGCUAAAUGUCAGUGAAGAAAUUAGCUCAAUAUUAGAUGGAAUUUUCUGAUUUA